ACCGCUCGCACACGCAGAGUUAGAAGACAUUAAAAUAGAAUGGAAGAGCUAUUAAAAUCAUUUCAAAAGCAAAUUAUCCUAAAGAGAUAGAGAAGAAUAAUAGGAGGAGACACAGAGAGAGUGAAAGAAAAAGAGAGGGAGAGAGCUGUGUAAGUCACUGGUGCUCAGUCAGACACACACACACACACACACACACACACUCUCUCUCUCUCUCUCUCUCCUUUCCCACACACACUUCCACACUCAUUAGACACACAAACACACACUCUUCGUGAGCGAGACUGUGCUUCUCUUGUCACUCCGGGAGCAGAGCAGAGUAGCGAGGGCAGUCGUCACACAAGAAGAAAAGCAGCACUGAGGUGUCAGUACAGCCAUAGAAGAUGGUGUUACCAACAAGGUGCCAUGGAGCACUAUGAACCAGCCACUCUCGCACAAAGCUGUUCAACAGCCAUCACAGACAUUUCAGCAGCAAAGCAUCAUGCGGAUUUUCAGUUCUCAGUAGCAGCAUUCAUCAAGAGACAAAUGUUGUUCAGCCAACUUCUUGCAAGAAUUUUUUGACAAGUGUUAAGUCAAGUCAGAGAACAGUUGAAAGCUAUGGUCAGUAGAAUUGAAGCCCAGCAAGAACAGCAAGCAGUCAAGUGAAUUAGCAGCUAAGACAGAGGAAAUACUGGGAGAGGGAGGGAGACAGGGGGGACUACAUGUGGCCAAGCUCUUAAGUCACAUUUGACCAUGGAGACACUGAGACACCUUAACAAAAGGCAGCACCGAAACACUCUGACUGAACAUAUUUCAUAACAUUAUAUCUGAGUUUAAGGUUUAUUAUUUGGAUGUCUUCUUUGCAAAAAGUAAGACCUAUUAUCUGGUUUAAAACUAAGACCUAAACAUAAUUAUGGCUCAUAGAAAGCUGCAGCCAUGGUGACAUCUCCCAGUGAAGCUUCAGCGAUAAUGUCAAAAGUGAUGCUGGGUGUCAUCCUGUCCCUCCUGAUCCUUCUGACUGUUGGUGGUAAUGUGCUGGUGUGCCUCGCUGUCUGUGCCUCUCGACGCCUCCGCUGCCUCACCAACUGCUUCAUUGUGUCGCUGGCCGUGACAGACCUGCUGCUUGGCCUCCUGGUCCUCCCUUUCUCCGCCCUCCUCCAGCUCAACGACGAGUGGCCGCUCGGCCCGGCCUUCUGCAACUUCUACAUCUCCAUGGAUGUAAUGCUGUGCACUGCCUCCAUCCUCACCCUCCUGGCUAUCAGUGUGGACCGCUACCUGGCAGUGACCAUGCCUCUGAGAUACACCUCACUGGUUUUACCGUGGAAAGUUGCGGUGGCCAUGGUCAGUGUUUGGACAGUGUCUGUGGCCGUGUCUUUCUUGCCCAUUCAAAUGGGGUGGAACACUGUUAAUGGGACAGUGCAAAACCAUGGGCCCUGGGCUCCAGAGAGGAAAUGUCGUUUUGAACUGAAUAGACCCUACGUCCUGACCGACUCUCUUCUUACUUUCUACCUGCCUCUGAUGGCAAUGUGCUGGACCUACCUCCAAAUACUUCGCAUUGCACGGGAACAGGCUAAGCGCAUUGUCAGUGCCCGACCCACUUGCAUCACUACCUACAACUACAGGAACAAUCAAUCUACCAGUACCACUGUGGUUUCCAGUGUGACAGCAGUGGCUCUGCGGGAACACAAAGCCACAGUGACACUGGCUGCAGUAAUCGGGGCUUUUGUUGUGUGCUGGCUGCCUUAUUUCAUCCUGUUCACAGUGUUGGGCCUGAAGGAGCACCCAGACCCCAGCACAGUACCAGAAUUUCCCAUUGUGUUGUGGCUGGGUUACGCCAACUCAGCCCUCAACCCUAUUCUCUAUGGAGCUCUCAACAGGGACUUCAGGUCGGCCUAUAACCAUCUACUGAGAUGUCGAUGCCCUACUUACUUACAGAGGAGCCGACAGCCGUCUCUCACUGUAACAGCAGCCAGAGAGCAGCUUACAGAGGUGACAUUGCUGUGUGGCCACACCCCUGUCACAUGCAGGGCAGGUCUAGCAGAUCAAAACUUCAUGCUUCAAGAAAUGAACAGUACGACCACAGCAACUAUCCAAUUUGCAAACGGCACUGCUACCACAGAUGUCAAUGGCAAUGAAAGGUCGUGCUGAGCCUGUGCCGAUGAGGUGGAUGUUGUGUUCACUGUGGUUACAACAUGGAACCAGAAUCCAUCCUGAGCAGAGAACACACCAGACAGACAAAAAGAUGGACCAAGACUUACAGCCCCUCUAUUUGGAAGCUUUCAGUGCCACAGCACAACCACAUAAUACACCAUCACUCACUCUGUCUACAAUUUAACAAACAAAAAAGUGAGAGAACAGGACCUCAGCAACUCUGCACCUCAACAGCAAGAACCAACUGGACGCACACAACUGGCCUCAGUCCGUCCUGGAUUGAACAAAUGAAAACGCUUGUACGUGGAUGAAGCUGCAACUCAAGUUGUCUAACCCGAUAAGUCCAUCGCAUCCAACCAUCACACAGGGGCAACAAGUGGCCCCGACAUGCUCUUGACUCUUAACCGUGGUUAGUAUUGCAGUAUUGGAAGACUGAAUGAGACCAGCCAAUCAACAUGACGCUCAUCAAUCUAAUGAACUGGACUUUUUAAGCUGACUCAAGACUGCACUCCAGUGGAAAUACAAAGUAUCACAACUUCAAUAAAGUAAAUGGACUUCUAAUUAAAAAUGGGUGUUUCCUCAAGAAGGAAGGGGAAAAGGUGAUAAAUGGACUUUUGAAUGUGUUGAAAUGUGUGACAUUUGAAUGUGGAGCAUGCAAACUAAUGUUACAUGUCACUUUUGAAGAAUGUAGCUGCCUCCAGACUUUGUAUUCAAAUGUAUGUGUUUUAUUAUACUAUAAAAAUAACUGAGGACUGAAAAGUGGCAGGAACUGUUCCUCUAAAACAGAAAAUUACAAGCAUACUGUACCAAUAAAAAGCAGUUAGAAUAAAGAAUAUAAC